GCAUCAUCACGUGCACAGACAAUUAAUCAUUGGGUUAAGGUUGCGGUCAAAUUGCAUGAAUUACACAAUUUUCAGACUUUAAAAGCCAUUCUUGCUGCGCUAGGAACACCCCCGAUAAAAAGAUUAAAGAGAACCUGGGCAUGUAUUCCAAAAAAAAGUAUGGUGAGGUUAGAAAAUUUAAAUGAGCUGAUGAGUGAAACCAGGAAUUACGAGAAAUAUCGUGAAACGAUACAACGAGAAGGUUUCCUAAGGAAACCUACCGUACCAUUUCUAGGGACAUUUAUUAUGGAUGCCACAUAUUUAUUGGCUGCUGUUAAGACUGUUGGCUCGUCCAAUUCUUCAGCACCAGCAAAUGUACAAUCUCCUCGAACAACAACGGCUCCGAUGUCUCCGGUAUCAUCUCCGACAAGCAUCCAGGUUUUGCAUGAUGACCCUCGCAUCCAAGAAUUGUUGCAGACCCUGUCUCGAUAUCAAAAUGGGCCGAAAUAUCAUCCAAAUCCACCGGCAUCAUAUAUAAAGGCGUCAACAAAACAUCAUUUUCGUACAGCCAGUAUUAGCGCUGCUUUACACCGUAGCGGAAACAAAUAUAACCACCGAAAUGAUGACGAUGAUGAAACGAUAGAAGAGAAGCAACAAUUGAUUACUCAUUAUAUGUUAACGCGAGUGUGGAUUCCCGAAAGAAGCGUAGAUGAAUUAAGUUCUCAACGUGAACCACAUAAGCCCAAGUUCUACGGUGGUCGAACAUCAAAUCCUGCAUCCUGGGGUGGAACUCCAAGUAACAUUUCUAAUACAAGUGUCGCAUAUCGAGGCAGUACUGGAAUUGGUAACUUCUUUUUCGGCUCUCGUGGUAGUAUAGAUAAAACUCGUGAUGAAAAAGAGAAGGAGGAAAAGACAAAACAAGGCGAGCUCGAAAAGGAUACUGGAGCCGUGGAUGAUGAAGGUACCGAAGAAUCGCCAAAAAAUAGUCCCGAGUCAAUAAUCGCAAUGCCAUUUAGUGGUAAACGAAAUAGUUGGCGGAUAGGUAUGAGAGUAAUGUUCGGAGGAAAUGAAACUAGUGAAUCACCUAAAACUCAUACUACCAUGUUGAGAUCUGCAUCACAUUCUCGGAGUUCGUCUAGUACUGCAGCGACUCCGAAGAGUCAUAUUGUUUCGAAAAUUCAUGGACGACCCUCGUCAGUCAACUCGUCGGAUGCAAAACCUUUCACCUACACAAACAAAGCAUUAUUACGUAGGUCGUUAGAAGAACCACACUCCUCAACGCCGCCACCUUUAUUUCCUAAACCAGUGAGUUUAACUCGUAGUGCCAGCACUUCAUCAGCAACUAGCAUGGGUUCAAGUGCCAGCGCUAACGGGACCAUAUCAAGCGCACGCAAUAGUAUUGGUAAUGGCAACUUAUUACACGGAGGAACCAACAUUGAUGGAUUAGAAGAUAUUCGCAUUGCUUUGGCAAAAAAGGUGGCAAGUGAGGUCGCAGCUGGUGGUGGAACUGUGGAGAGGAACUGGAAAUGA